AUGAUGCUCCUGCCGCUCACAGCGCAGGCUCAUGAUCCCAGAUGGCAGCAAGUGUGCUGUACCGAACAACGAUGCGUUCGAGACUCUUCUGGGGAUAUAGUGACAGUGGCCAUAAUCGGCAUACAAUCCUCGUUUCCCAUCCAAGGAGUGCGUACACUCAAAACGACAGUCAAGCGUGCUAUGAUCGUCAAAGAGGUAUUAAGAGCAGAGGUUUUCCGGUCGGGAGAACGACCCUCGGUACUCUACAUCAUAAGAUCUGGCGUGAUCGCCUGGCGUUCAGAAACGAGUGUCUAUGAAGCCAAAAAUUGGAGGGAGACCAGGAAAAUGAAGAACCAGAGACGAGGACAGAAGGGCGCGCAACAGGAAGCUAGCAAUUUGACGACGUCUUACUUAGCCAGACUCACAAUGACCAUGGCGCGUAAUGCGGAACCCAGCCUGAAAACGCCAUCAUACACCCCAGACUCCGAUCCGGUCACAGGAACGCGAUGA